UAUACAGUCGCGGUGCUUGCAGAGAUAAUAACGACGCUGCUUCCCGACAAAACAACCGACUACUUUUACACGCGACUCAGCUGAAACGGACGCACGAAAACUACGGGGCAACGAACACUUACAACUGUGGUGAGAAGUGUUCACAUUUCGGUUUCACCAUGAACCUAGCGUUGGUCGCACUCUUCUUCUGCGCUGUCGCAAUAACAAGCUACUCGGCGACGCAACUGCCAGACUGCUCUUCCUUCACCUGCACUCCGGACAUCUGCGGCCAAUCGCAGUGCCCUUGCGGAACCUACAAGGACCACUGCGACUGCUGUGACAUUUGCUAUAAGUGUCCGGGCGCCGAGUGCAACCUAUGGAUCCUCGACGUCUGCACCGAGAACCACCAGUGCGUCUUGGAAGACCCUGACAAGCCGUUCGCAGUCGGGGGAGUGGGCCACUGCACACCUAUCAACGUGACUGGGACCUCGCAUACUUCUUAAUAAAAGGUCACAUGGCCCCUUAUGCAUUUGCACAAGACGACUGGAAAACGAAAGCCAUAAUCAUCUUCUUUUUCUUCUCAGUCGACAUAUAUAAUGUAUACCAUAAUAAUGUAUACAAUAAAGAGUCCAUAA